AGCCAUCGCAUUGCAUCCGCAAGUGGGUGGAUAUACCAAAAGAGAAGGUGCAAUAGUUUGAAUUUUUGCAGUCGCUUCUUACGGUUCGCGCUGGGUGUGUGCAUUACAUUGGCCUAAAUUCUCGUCUGGACUAUCCUUCGACUGGAUCGCGGAGAGCAGUCAAGUGGUGCGAGGGAUUUGUUCGGGAUUCCUUUGUUUGUUCAGUCUUGAGGGAGCGGUGUGUCGAGGGGUGGACCCUGUUCUCGAUCCCACGAGCCGGAGAUGGCUACAGGAGGCGGAUCGCCAGUGGCCGCCGCGUCUAACGGAAAGACCAGUCAACUACUGCUGCUCUCCAUACUAACCUUGUCAUUAUACACAAGAGUUGGAGACUGUAACGCGUCAGGAAGUGGAAGCUCACUGAUGAACCCGGUCAGUGGACUGACUCUGUCAGUGGAUGAGGGAUCUAAUACAGUGAUUGUCAGCUGGACUGACAAUUCCCUAAUUACCAUGAGCUAUUUCGUCAACUAUACUGCUACUGUGGGGUCGACUGAGAUUGACAGUGCAAGUGAUGCCGUCACUACCAGCGAUACCGAUGCAUCCUGGACCGCCACGCACAACAUCACUGGAGCCUUUGUCCAGAGUGGAGUCAAUAUCACCGUGUCUGUUGAGGCAGUAGUCGACGAUCAGCUCUGUGAUCCUGCCUUCGCAUCUCUGCUAGUCCCUGGAGAAUUCUCUCCAUCUCCCGAGGAAUUCACAGUCUCAGGGCCAACCUCCACGUCUCUGACACUGUCCUGGACCGUACCGUUCUCCCAAGUCACUCCCAACAGCUUCUCAAUCUCCUACACCGUCGACAAACUAACUGGGACACCUCCAGCUAUUCCUAGUGGAUCUCUCUCUAUAGCUAUCAAUGAUACUGAUCUUGAUACCGCAGACAAUGCCAACUUUAGCUAUGUUCUUGGAGGUCUGACUGCCUAUACAGAGUAUACCUUCAACUUGUCCUCUCUCUAUGGGGCUAGUACAAGUAGUGUCGUCUCUGCAACAGGCACCACCAGUGAAGCAUUGUCAGGGCCUGUGGAAGGUCUAUCAGCAGGCAUCACUAACGACAGUAGCAGUGACUCAUUCAGUGUAUCAAUCAGUUGGAGCGAACCCUCUGAACCUAAUGGUGUUAUCCUACAGUACAACUACACAGUCUCAAGUACUGACACCAAUACUGCCAUAGUCAGUGGUUCCACUGGCAAUACUUCAGUGGUUGAAUCAAUGCUGACUGUUAUAGAGCCAUUCACCAACUAUACUGUGGGUGUGGUGGCAUUCAAUUCUGCCGGUGAAGGACAGGAGUCCUCUGUUACUGUUGAAUCGCCUCAGACUGCCCCAGGACCUGUUGGCGACCUCCAAGCUUCUUUUGAUGAAACGGGAUCAAUGUUUGAUUCCAUGACACGAGAGUACACUCUGAACCUCGAUAUUGUAUGGAGUGAGCCACCGAUGCAAAAUGGAGUGAUAACGUCUUACAGUGUGACUGUCUAUCAAACCAAUGACCUUAGUGACAUAGUCUAUAGCAAUGAUACACUCAUAGCUCCUAAUGUAACAGCAUCAGUAAUGGUUCUGGCCUUUACUAACUACACUGUGAGUGUGGCAGCCUCUACAUCAGCUGGACAGGGAGAUGAGUCUACUGUCACUGUGGAAUCACCUGAAGCAGAGCCAGGCCCAGUGGGUGAUCUGGGUGCCUCCUUUGUGGAAACCACAGCCAUGUUCGACUCCAUGGACAACAUGUGGACUAUAGAUAUCGACAUUACCUGGGAGGAGCCUGUCAAUCCAAAUGGAGUGAUAACAGCUUACAACGUGACUGUCUAUCAAACUGAUGACCUUAGUGACAUAGUCUAUAGCAACGAUACACUCACAACUCCUAAUGUGACAGCAUCAGUGGAGGUCCCAGCCUAUACUGACUACACUGUGAGUGUGGCAGCCUCUACAUCAGCUGGACAGGGAGAUGAGGCUACUGUCAGCAUUACCUCACCUGAAGCUGCUCCAGGCAGAGUUGGCAACUUGGCUGCAUCUUUCAGCAGCCCAAUGUACGAUCCAACUACCCAAAUCCUAACUGAUGAUAUCACCAUUACCUGGACCCAGCCCAUGUAUCCAAACGGAGUCAUACAAACUUACAGUGUGACUGUCUUUGAAACUGCCAACACUAGCAAUAUGGUCUACAAUGAUAGCACUCUCAUAGAUCCUAAUGUUACGACUUCAGUGAUAGUUCUACCAUUCACUGACUACACUGUGAGUGUGGCAGCCUCUACAUCAGCUGGACAAGGAGAAGAGGAAACGGUCACUCUUACAUCACCUGAAGCAGUGCCCGGUCAGGUGGAGAGCCUCAAUGGAUCGUUCAUCAGCAGCGGAGCUGUCUUUGAUUCUGACAGCAGAAUGUACGAUCUAACCUUGGAGGUUGAGUGGGACGAACCCACUUACCCUAAUGGAAUUAUAGUCUCCUACAACGUGACUGUCUUUAGAACUGCCAAUUCUAGUGAUGCGGUCUUCAGUGAUGAGAGUCUGAUGGUCACUAGUGCGACACCUUCAGUAAUGGUUCUACCAUUCACUAACUACACUGUGAGUGUGGCAGCCUCUACAUCAGCUGGACAGGGAGAUGAGAACUCUGUCACUAUUGAGUCACCUGAAGCAGUGCCAGGGCCUGUGGUAGGUCUGGAUUCAACAUUCUCUACAACUGAGAGAAGCUACGAACCAACCACUAGAACAUACACCGUCGAUCUGUCCAUCACUUGGGGUGAACCCCAGUAUCCAAAUGGAGUAAUUACAUUGUAUCAAGUCAUUGUCACGCAAUUCGAUGAUACUACUGUCGAAGUCUACAGAAAUUCUGGAAUUGAAGCUCCUAAUGUGACAGCAUCGGUGAUGGUACUGGCCUUUACCGACUACACUGUGAGUGUGGCAGCCUCUACAUCAGCUGGACAGGGAGACAACGUAACUGACACAGUAACAGCACCUGAAGCAGCUCCAGAGAUGGUGGAGAAUCUCGAUGCGGCUUUCGUUUCUGACGGAUCAGUUUUCAACUCCAUGAACAACAUGUGGACUAUAGAUAUCGACAUUACCUGGGAGGAGCCUGUCAAUCCAAAUGGAGUGAUAACAGCUUACAACGUGACUGUCUAUAAAACUGAUGACCUUAGUGACAUAGUCUAUAGCAACGAUGCAGUCACAGACACUAGUGUGACAGCAUCAGUGGAGGUCCCAGCCUAUACUGACUACACUGUGAGUGUGGCAGCCUCUACAUCAGCUGGACAGGGAGAGGAGGCUACUGUCAACAUUACCUCACCUGAAGCUGCUCCGAGUCAGGUUGAAAGUCUUACAGCAGAAUUCGGAGAAAGUAUAAGCUUCAACCCUGGCUCCAGAAUGCAUAAUGUGACUCUCAACAUUUCGUGGAGCCAACCCCUCUAUCCAAACGGAGACAUACUGUCCUAUGAAGUUAUUGUGACUCAGACAAGUGAUCCUAGUGUUGUCAUAUAUGGGGAGAAUGUAACAGAUACUGAGGUGAUGCCUUCAGUGAUGGUUCUACCAUUCACUGACUACACUGUGAGUGUGGCAGCCUCUACAUCAGCUGGACAGGGAGAUGAGGAUACUGUCACUGUGGAAUCACCUGAAGCAGCUCCGAGCCAAGUUCGAGAGCUCAGUGCAGAGUUUGUGUUUGUGGAAAGUGAUUUCAAUUCAACUGCUAGAAUGUGGGACCUUGAUAUAAGCAUCACAUGGACGCAGCCCAUGUAUCCAAAUGGACAAAUUGACAGUUACAAUGUGACUGUCUAUGAAACUGCCGCUGCCAGUAAUGUGGUCUACAGCAACGAUGCAGUCACAGACACUAGUGUGACAGCACCAGUGGAGGUCCCAGCCUAUACUGACUACACUGUGAGUGUGGCAGCCUCUACAUCAGCUGGACAGGGAGAUGAGUCUACUGUCACCAUUAUCUCACCUGAAGCUGCUCCAGGCAGAGUUGGUAACUUGGCUGCAUCUUUCAGCAGUCCAAUGUACGAUCCAACUACCCAAAUCCUAACUGCUGAUAUCACCAUUACCUGGACCCAGCCCAUGUAUCCAAACGGAGUCAUACAAACUUACAAUGUGACUGUCUUUGAAACUGCCAACCCUAGCAAUAUGGUCUACAGUGAUGACACUCUCAUAGAUCCUAAUGUUACGACUUCAGUGGUGGCUCUACCAUUCACUAACUACACUGUGAGUGUGGCAGCCUCUACAUCAGCUGGACAGGGAGAGGAGGAUACUGUCACUGUGGAAUCACCUGAAGCAGCUCCAUCUGCUCCAAGAGAAGUAAUGGCAGAGGCUCUUACUUCCACUAGCAUCAGAGUCUCUUGGACCAUUCCUGAACCAACCAAUGGUGUCAUCACUGGCUAUAGAGUCACUCACUUUGUCACAGAGAGCAGUGAUUCUCCGGUAGAUCGAGAUGUUCCUCGUGAUCAAUUGUCACUGGAUAUCCCUAGUCUCACUCCCUUCACCAACUACACUGUUUACGUGGAAGCUGAGACUGUGGCAGCAGUUGGAGAGAAAAGUGAUGACGCCACUGUUGUCACUUGGAAGACGCCCCCACGCUUCCAAGGAAUGUGGUUACCUCUGCAAUCAAUGCCACAUCAAUCAGAGUAGAGUGGGAGGAGCCAGAAACUGCUAACGGGAUCAUUCGAGGCUACAAUAUCAGCCACAACCUCUCUGAGUCUGUGAUGAGUGUGGCUGGCUCAGUCAGAGCAGCGACUUUCUCAGAUCUUUCUCCCUUCACGUGGUACUUGUUCACUGUGAUUGCAUUCACUAUUGAGGCCGGGCCCGAGACAAAUGUCAGUGCCAGAACGGAUGAAGCAGCUCCAACUGCACCACUGAAUCUUGUGGUUACUGACACCACUCCAUUCACCGUCUCACUGGACUGGGAGGAGCCUGCUACACCAAAUGGAAUCAUUGACAAUUACAUCAUCAGAUAUUACGAAACUUCAUCCCCAGGCAGCAUCACUCUAUACAAUGAUAGUAUUCAGGAGACCAGUGCUGUGGUGUACAAUCUAAUGGCUUUCACUAGCUACACCUUCAGAGUAUCAGGGGAUGACUGUGGAUGAAGGUCCUUUUGCAGAAAUCUCAGCUACCACUAAUGAAUCAACUCCAUCAGCCCCACUGGAGAGUAAUGGCAGCUAACACUAGCUCCACAUCUAUCAUAGUCAGCUGGAGUCCCCCAGCCAUCCCAAGAGGAAUAAUCAUAUCAUACACCAUUACCUACUACCUCACUAGUACUGGAGAGAGCACUCCACAAACUGUAGAGACCACUACUGAUGCUACCAGUAGGGAGGUGACUGGUCUGGUGAAGUUCAGGGAGUACUCUGUCUAUGUUCAGGCCAGUACAGUGGCUGGUAUUGGAGACCGGAGCGACACUGUCAAUGUCUUUACUGAUGAAGAUAGACCUAGUGCUCCUCAGAAUCUGGUGGUAGAAGAGACUGGACCCACUUCAAUAAUGGCCAACUGGUCAGGGCCUGCCAGUCCCAACGGCAUCCUGCUUCACUUCAAUAUCUAUCUGGAGAGAGAAGGAGACCAGCGGUUUGACGUGAUUGAAACUAGACUAGUACCAGCAGUCGACGGAAUAGACGACUACACUAUGUCAUUCGACAAUCUGACGGCUUUCACACUGUACAGAGUUGAAGUUUCCGCUGAGACUAGAAUUGGAGAGGGUCCCAGAGUCAGUGAUUUGGUCAAUACUGACCCAGAUGGUGCCUCGCCUCCGACCAACGUCGUAGUCGAGACGAUCAACUCCACCGCCAUUCGGGUGUCUUGGGGUUACCCCGAGAUACCCCGGGGUAACAUAACAGGUUACACUGUCUUCACGGAUGCAGUAGUAAAUGGACAAAUGAAUGUGACUCUUGAGAGAGUGAAUGACAUGAGUGGUCAGAUGCAGGUGUUUGGUGGCCUGGAUCAAUUCACUAACUACACAUUCCAAGUGGCAGCAUUUGCAGUGACUCCAGAACAAAUCCACUUUGGCCAACCCAGUGAACCGAUCAUGAGACAGACAGAUGAAGAUGUCCCCACGCAGCCAAUGGGAUUUAAUCUCAACAACGUCACUGAUGAGCCAGGGCAGCUAAUGGCUGAGUGGAGUCAACCUGUUCCUCCCAACGGAGUCAUCACUGCAUAUACUGUCACCUGUACUCUUUCAACAAAUCAGCAAUACCAAGAGCAAACCACCACUGAGCCAUAUGAGGUGGUGGUGACAACUAGAGGAGGUGAAACCCAGACCACUGUGAUGGGACUCCAGCCAUUCACCAACUAUGACUGCUCAGUGUCUGCCAACACCAGUAUAGGGGAGGGACCUCCGUCUAAUGUACUGACUGCGAGAACUGUGGAAGCUGCUCCAAGUGCCCCUCGUGAGCUGACAAUAGUAUCAUCAGGUGCCACUUCUCUGAGUGUGUCUUGGAUGAUGCCAACACCAGCUAAUGGCAUCAUCACCGACUAUACCAUCUACUGCUCUGGCUCAGAAGACCAGUAUUGCACUGACCAAGUCAUCCCCGCGUCAUCUACUCAUCCUUUUGAUGGACUAACUACCUCUACCACACUGACGGAUCUCACAGCAUUCACUAACUACACCUGUUCCAUUUCAGCCUCUACUGGCGCUGGAGAGGGUCCCAUGUCAGAUGGAAUCACUGUAGCUACUGAUGAGUCCACCCCGUCAGAUGCACCGAGGAGUUUCACUGCAGUGGCAACCAACUCCACAUCAAUCCAACUGUCAUGGCAGAGACCAGCAACACCAAAUGGAGUCAUAGUCAACUAUUCUCUAGAGUACUACAUCGCCAGUGAUGGUGCACCUCCCUCUAGUCCGGUCUUGGUCCCGCCCACUAUGACAUCAUAUGAUGUCAUUGGUCUGAAUGAGUUCACGGAGUACACCUUCAGACUGGCUGCAGUUACUAUUGGACGGGGACCACUGGCAUCUGCCACUGAAACGACACUUGAAGAUGUUCCCAGCGCUGGUGUGGUAGGUCUAACUGGAGUCAACACAAGUUCCACUAGUCUACUGAUAUCAUGGGGACCACCACCUCUUCCUGACCGGAAUGGCAACAUAAGAGCUUACAACAUCUCAUACCGUCUCACCUCACAAAACGACUCCAUGUACUCUGAUAGAGUCACAAAUGAAACAAUGAUUGAACUGCAGUCGCUGGAGAAGUUCAGACGAUACACAGUUGUUGUGAGACCGUACACCAUAGGUGCCGGACCAGAGACAUCCGUCAUAGUCCGAACUGAUUCCGACUUGCCUUCAGAGCCGGUCAAUCUCAGUUACGAGAAUGUUACAGCAUCCAGUAUAACACUGUUCUGGGAGCUCCCCUUGCGCCAAACGGAGUUAUACUCCACUACAGAGUCACAUAUGUGGAGGCAGUGACUAAUAUAACCAUGACAACACCAAACUUAGACCCAGCGAUGAGAACUGGAGGUCUAUUGAUAGAGGCACUAAUGGAGUACCACUAUUAUGAGAUGAGAGUUGCUGCCAGUACUGAUAAAGGGUUUGGGAACUACAGCGCUCCACUCACUGUGCUGACAGAUGAACAUGCACCAGAUGCUCCAGAGAACUUCGUAGUGACAGUGGUUGACUCUCAGACAGUCAGAGCUACGUGGGAAGACCCUCUGGACCCAAAUGGAAUCAUCCUCUCAUUUUCCCUCAGUCUCCAGCUAACUCCAGGCCAGGGCUACCUACCCCUACCUACCAGGACAGAGUUUCCACUGAGCUCAGAUACGUUUGAGCGUGAUAUUGCAGGGUUGCACCCGUUUGCUCGCUAUGAGUUUUCACUGAGAGCUGCAACAUCGUUUGGUGAAGGAAGUGCGACAAACAGUUUUGCAACGACCAAUGAAGCAGCUCCAUCAGAAGGGGUAAGGAACGUGUCUGCCCCUGCCAUAUCACCUCGUCAGAUUGAUCUGGUCUGGACCCCGCCACAACUGGAGAAUUGGAAUGGAAUCCUCACAAACUAUUCCAUCAGUGUUGUAGCUGUAACCAACUGUACAGAGCCAGUAGAAAUGGUUGGAGUUCCAGAGAGCCCAAGAACUGAGACGUCACCGAGUUUACCACUGACCCUAAUCCAACGACUGCCUACGACGGUGCGGAAAGUGGGGAAGUGGGGGAGGAGAACUUUACUCUUGAGAGUCUGGAGGAGUUUCAGGGCUAUCAGGUCUCUGUCAGCGUGUGGAACAGAGAGGGGAGUGGCCCCGAGAAUGAUGUAAUGGAAAUUUGUGUCACGACACUGGAAGAUGCUCCAUCGCAGCCACCAACUCUGGAGUCAUUUGUCGUCACGUCCAACACCACGGCUGAGCUGACCUGGCAGCCUCCCCCGCCCCUCCAUCAGAACGGGAUAAUUGUUGACUACAACCUGAGGAUCUGUGACAAUCGCAGCAACGACUGUAAGAACGUCAGUACUGGCAGCAGUGACACCUACUAUCAGUUCUCAGGUCUGGAUCCGUUCACAGAGUACACAGUGUCAGUGGCAGCAGUGACGAGACCAGGGGAAGGCCCUCUCUCACUCAACAUCACCAACACCACUUUUGAAGGCUUACCGACCAUGCCACGGAGUCUGGCAGAGGAAGAUUUCGACCACAGCUACGUGGUCCUCACCUGGAGACCUCCCGCCAUUCCCUAUGGCAACAUAUUCUCCUACAGGAUCAGAUAUCAGAGCUACAAAGCAAGAAAUCAGCCAGGAGACGUGCAGUGUGGGUCUCAGUGAGGAAUUCAGUGAGAAACCGAGCUUCAACCUCACACAGCUCAUAGGAGACUCCUUUUACUGCAUCCAGGUACAACUUCCCCCAUUACUACCUCCAGUGUAAUGCUUGCCACGGUAACUUCCUUCCCAUUAUGUGUAAUUAGGUAUGUAUGUAUGUAACUUCCCUGCUGCUAUUUAAAGUAGCUAUGUAUGUACAUGUAACAAUAGACCAUGUGAUGCCAUGUAAAAAUAAACUGUUAUGAUAGUGACCAUGCAGGCUAGAGUGUUUGUUCCAAUAAUCAAUGAUUUGAUGUUUUAUUUCCCUUGUGAUGAGUGUAGGUAUCAGGAAGAACUGGGGCAGGAUUUGGGAACAUCUCCACCAUUGUAGUCAAACUUCCUGUUGGUCCUCCUCCCGUGGAUGUGAUAGAUCCCGUUGAGGAACCAGAGGUUGUCCCCCAGCCGGUGGUAGACCCUAUAACUGGAGACGAUGGUAUAUCAGACACCUCAGCCAGAGUCAGCUUCUCCUUGCCCUCUGAGAUCAACAGCAACGGACCAGUUGACAGGGCUCUGAUAUAUGUUCAGAGGAUGCCCAGCAGUAGCCAGGCCAUAGGGACGUGGUAUGAGAGCAGCCAACUCACCCAAGAAUGGCCACAAUAUGCAGCCCUGAGUGUGAAUAUCACACCUAAUUCACAGGGAAGAAAGAGACAAGAAGGCGACAUUGAAGUGUCAUUCACAAUAGGAAACUCAAUGACGUGUGGCCCAACUGACACAGUCUGCAACGGUCCCCUCAACCCCAGUGCCGACUAUGGCGUGCGCUACACCCUCUUCUCUGGGGACCAGUUGCAGGAGUUUCCUUUCUUCCCCGGCGCCCAGUUUACAACCGAGAGAUCCCUGAGUGACGAACAAUCAUCAAACAUUGGGGCCAUUGUCGGGGCAGUUGUCGGGGUACUCCUGGCCGUUUUGGUAAUAAUCACCGUGGCUGCCGUCGUUGUUUACCUUGUUUUCAACGCCAGACGAAAGGGUACCAUUGAGCUGGGAUCUACACAAGCAAGAAGUGAAACUCGCUCUGAAGUACUUUGAGCUUAGAUUUGAAUGACAGCUCCUUCACAACAUGAUGAUGGGAGCAUAUGUUUGGGAAAGAUAAUUAUAGAGAGCUCCAAGAAGACUCUUCACAAAGAGAAGCAAGAGGAUAAUAUCCAAAAAGGACACUCUAGAACUUACAAAUGUAGUUGGACAAGGUGAAUCUGGACUGGUGUAUCGUGGAUACAUUAACUAUGGCUCUAUGAAAGCAUUGGUUGCCAUAAAAACAUGUAAAGCUCUUACAGGUAGCAGUGAUAUAAAGAGACUGAUGAAAGAAGUGUCAGCCAUGUUCUCUUUCAAACAUCCCAAUGUGAUGUCAUUAACUGGAGUGUGCUUUGACAAAGGGGUUCCCCUAGUAAUCAUGCCAUUUAUGCGGAAUGGAACUGUACUGGAAUAUGUGAGACAAAACAAGGAGCACCUAUACUGUACUUCUUUUUCCGAGGCUAUCAUGGUUGAGUCGGCCUCGAAAGUGGGUC